ACGAAUUUGGGAAGCAUCAGAUUCGAAAAUUCUACAAAACAAAAAACAAAGCAAAGCAAAAUGGGGAAUAUGACCAGUCCACUCUAACCCCAUAACUUCCUUUUACUUUUAUUUUCUUCAUGCUAGACAUAACACAAUUUUCCAUUCCCUUUCUUUUUUUAUAUAUAUUUUCUUUGGGCUUUGCUUUGCCUCCAAGCCAGAGCCAUCCUUGUUGUUCUUCUUCUACUUCUUCGCUGACAAGUUCAGGUUGGUUUUUCAAAUCAGUUAGUGCUGUGAAAAAAUAUAUAUAUAUGUAUUUCUUUUGGUGGUUGCUGCGGUAAUAAAGAAGUUCAGAGCCUUAAUUCUCUUUCAAGAAAUGGAUAUGUGCUUUUAGAUAAUUUUUCAGUAAAGUAUUUAACUUGGAGUGAGAAUUUUACUCCAAAUCGAAGAACUAAUGGAGGAAAAGCCGUUCCCUGCGUGGUCCUGGUCUGUUGAGCAGUGCUUGAAAGAGUACAAUGUUAAAUUAGAUAAGGGUCUGAGCUCUUAUGAGGUUGAGAAGCGCCGUGAGAAAUAUGGCUGGAAUGAGCUUGCCAAAGAGAAGGGAAAGCCCUUAUGGCGGUUAGUAUUAGAGCAAUUUGAUGAUAUGCUUGUAAAAAUUCUUCUAGUUGCAGCCUUCAUAUCAUUCAUUCUAGCUUACAUGCACGGAAAUGAAUCUGGGGACUCUGGGUUUGAAGCUUAUGUGGAACCAUUUGUGAUUGUCUUAAUUCUAAUACUCAAUGCUAUUGUUGGAGUUUGGCAAGAGAGUAAUGCUGAAAAAGCACUGGAAGCCCUUAAAGAGAUGCAAUGUGAAUCUGGAAAGGUUUUAAGGGAUGGCUAUGUUGUGCCAGAUUUGCCUGCACGGGAGCUUGUUCCUGGUGAUAUUGUGGAAUUGAGAGUCGGAGACAAAGUCCCUGCUGACAUGAGGGUUGCAAUUUUGAAAACCUCGACUUUGAGGGUCGAGCAGAGCUCAUUGACUGGAGAGGCGAAUCCUGUUUUGAAGGGAACUGAUCCUAUAUUUGUGGAUGACUGUGAGUUGCAGGCUAAAGAAAACAUGGUCUUUGCGGGCACCACAGUGGUUAAUGGAAGUUGUAUUUGUAUUGUAAUUAGCACUGGGAUGAACACCGAGAUUGGAAAAAUACAAAAGCAAAUACAUGAGGCUUCUCUGGAAGAGAGUGAUACCCCUUUGAAGAAGAAGCUAGAUGAAUUUGGUAGUAGGCUUACUACUGCAAUUGGGCUUAUCUGUCUUGUUGUGUGGAUUAUAAACUACAAAAAUUUCAUCAGCUGGGAACUUUCUGAUGGAUGGCCUACUAAUGUUCAGUUUUCCUUUGAGAGAUGCACAUACUAUUUUAAGAUAGCUGUUGCGCUCGCAGUUGCUGCAAUUCCAGAAGGCCUUCCCGCUGUAAUCACAACCUGCUUAGCUCUAGGUACAAGGAAAAUGGCACAAAAGAAUGCAAUUGUGCGCAAGCUUCCUAGUGUAGAAACCUUAGGUUGCACAACUGUGAUUUGUUCAGACAAAACUGGGACUUUGACAACAAAUCAGAUGUCUGUGACAGAAUUCUUCACCCUGGGAGGGAAAACCACUGCAUCUCGAAUAAUUCGUGUUGAAGGCACAACUUAUGAUCCUAAGGAUGGGGGAAUUGUUGAUUGGACUUGCUACAAUAUGGAUCCUAACUUGCAAGCCCUAGCAGAAAUAUGUGCUGUUUGCAAUGAUGCUGGGAUCUAUUUUGAUGGAAACCUCUUCCGAGCAACAGGUUUGCCCACUGAGGCAGCUCUUAAGGUUUUGGUUGAGAAGAUGGGAGUUCCAGAUGUUAAGGCAAGGAACAAAAUUCGUGAAUCACAGCUAGCUGCAAACUAUUUAAUUGACCGCAACACGGUGAAAUUAAGUUGUUGUGAAUGGUGGACAAAAAGAUCAAAACGGGUUGCUACAUUGGAGUUUGAUCGCAUUCGAAAGUCAAUGAGUGUUAUUACCCGGGAGCCAACUGGGCAUAAUCGACUUCUUGUUAAGGGUGCUGUUGAGAGUUUACUGGAACGUAGUUCACAUGUUCAACUUGCUGAUGGAUCCCUCGUUCCAAUAGAUGAACCAUGUAGGCAACUAUUGCUUUUGAGACUCUUAGAGAUGAGCUCAAAAGGGUUGCGCUGCUUGGGUUUGGCGUAUAAGGAUGACUUAGAAGACCUUGCAGAUUAUUAUUCUGAAAGCCAUCCUGCUCAUAAGAAGUUGCUAGACCCUGCAAGCUACUCCUCCAUUGAAAGUGACUUAAUUUUUGUAGGGAUAGUUGGUUUAAGAGACCCUCCCCGUGAUGAAGUUCACAGGGCAAUCGAGGAAUGUAGAGAAGCUGGUAUUAAGGUUAUGGUUAUAACUGGAGAUAAUAAGUCCACGGCUGAGGCUAUUUGUCAGGAAAUUAAAUUGUUUUCUCAAGGGGACGAUCUUAGAGGGAGAAGUUUUACUGGUAAAGAGUUCAUGGCUCUCUCCCCUUCACAACAAAUCAAUAUAUUGUCAAAACCUGGCGGGAAAGUUUUUUCUCGUGCUGAGCCUAGGCAUAAACAAGAAAUUGUUAGGAUGCUAAAGGAAAUGAGGGAGAUUGUUGCAAUGACUGGUGAUGGUGUCAAUGAUGCACCUGCACUUAAACUUGCUGACAUUGGAAUUGCCAUGGGCAUCACAGGAACUGAGGUUGCGAAGGAAGCUUCAGAUAUGGUAUUGGCAGAUGAUAAUUUCAGUACUAUUGUCUCAGCCAUUGCGGAGGGUCGUGCCAUUUAUAAUAACAUGAAAGCUUUUAUCAGGUACAUGAUAUCGUCAAACAUUGGAGAAGUAAUGUCCAUAUUCUUGACUGCUGCAUUGGGGAUACCCGAGUGUAUGAUACCUGUGCAACUUCUGUGGGUGAAUUUGGUUACUGAUGGCCCUCCUGCAACAGCUCUUGGUUUCAACCCUGCUGAUCCUGACAUUAUGCGAAAACCACCAAGGAAAGCUGAUGAUGCUCUUGUAAACUCUUGGGUUCUUCUGCGUUAUUUGGUAAUUGGUUCGUAUGUGGGAAUUGCAACUGUUGGUGUCUUCAUCUUGUGGUACACUCGGGCUUCUUUUGUGGGUAUCAAUCUUGUAAAUGAUGGACACACACUAGUUGAAUUAUCUCAGCUUCGUAAUUGGCGGGAAUGCUCCUCAUGGGCAAACUUCACUGUGUCUCCAUACACAGUUGGUCAGGGUCGACUGAUCACUUUUUCAGACCCAUGUGACUAUUUUUCUGUUGGCAAAGUGAAGGCCAUGACAUUGUCACUUUCUGUUUUGGUUGCAAUCGAGAUGUUCAACUCUCUGAAUGCACUUUCGGAAGAUGGCAGCCUAGUCAAAAUGCCACCUUGGAGGAACCCUUGGCUUUUGGUUGCUAUGUCAGUGUCACUGGGACUCCACUGCCUCAUACUCUAUGUUCCCUUUUUGGCAGAUGUAUUUGGCGUUGUCCCUUUGAACCUGAAUGAGUGGUUAUUGGUCAUUUUGAUGUCAGCACCUGUUAUACUGAUUGAUGAGGUUCUUAAAUUAGUGGGACGGAAACGAAGGAGAGGAGAGAAGGAGAAGAUGGCAUGAUUAUAACCUCAGACGUCUUAAUCUGCGUGGAAAGAGCUUCAACCCGGCCUCUAUAGAUUGAGGAAUUCAUACUGUUUGUUUAUUAUAAUUCUUUGGACUAUUUAUGAUUCUGUAGAACAAAAAUUGUUUAGUAAUAGAAGGAAAUUUUAGUUGUAUCUAAUACAAUGGAACAUUAGAAAUCACGUUCUACUCCUGUUCUCCAGCUAUUAAGCCAAAACUAUCUUCUUCUUCUGCGCC